CAACUAAUAAAAUACUACCGAUGACUUCGUUAGUGAGUGGCUGUUUCACUCCUGGUCGUGACUGUGUUUCUGUUGACAACAAACCCCACCACUGCCAAUGAUCAUCCUCGGCAUCGCACCUGGACAUCCUUGGAUGACGAGUACCCACUAUCACCAAUGAGACGUGCUACGCCACCAUGACUUUGCAUUGGGAUCUAUCCCAGCUUGCAUGGCUCCGUUCAUGGCCGGUUACGAAACCUUCACAAGUCUUCGCUCACUCAUAAGCUUUCUUUUGUCCAAUCUCUCGGGCUAGUUUUCCAUCAUUGUUGGCUCUUGUCUUUCAGACGGGACGAUUAUUGGUUUUGUAUUAUUUUCUCAUGACCGAUAGUCAUCCUCCAAUCAACACAUCCUCGAAUACCUCUGGGUGGAAUGUAGACUCUACAGACGCUUUUCACAACAACAACAGUCGUCAAGAUUGGGGGUCUUCUAGUACUGCCUCAAGUUCAACAAAGCAAAGCGAUUCCAGUGAGCACCGAAAAAACUCGACCGAUGAGAAUUUCUUCCAGUACCGUCGAACUGGUUCUGCAGGCCGUGCUCGCGACCUUACAUUGAACACCAACGUGCAAGAUGACGCCAACCACGAGAGCCAGCCAAGCGGGCCAGGAAAAGACUCACCCGUAUCCUGGCGGUCAUUGCCACGCAAAGACCAGCUUCUGGUUCUGGUACUAGCACGUCUGUCUGAACCUUUGACCCAGAAUUCACUUGGAUCCUACAUCUACUAUCAACUUCGGUCAUUCGAUCCCGAUCUACCGGAUUCCACGAUUUCUUAUCAGGCUGGCGUGAUACAUGCCGCUUUCCCCGCAGCACAGUGCGUGACUGCUAUUUUGUGGGGAAGGUUUGCGGACUCCGAGUAUGGAGGAAGAAAGAGGGUGAUCUGGAUUGGGCUAUUAGGGACGAUGUUCUCCAUGAUCGGCUUUGGAUUCUCGCACAAUUUUCGAAUGGCUGUCCUCUUUCGUUGCCUCGGUGGAGUGCUGAAUGGAAACAUUGGUGUCAUGCGUACUUUGAUUUCGGAAAUAAUCAAGGAGAAGAAGUAUCAGUCACGGGCAUUCAGUAUACUACCAAUGACCUUCAACAUCGGGGUGAUCGUAGGACCCAUACUAGGUGGCAUUCUUGCAGACCCGGUAGCAAGCUAUCCCGCCCUUUUCGGCCCAAACUCCCUGCUAGGAGGCAAGUCUGGGGUCCAGUGGAUGAUCAGAUGGCCGUACGCUCUUCCGAACCUCGUCAGCGCAGUGUUCCUCUUCAUCUCUGCUUGCGGCAUCAUUUUCUUCCUCGAAGAGACUCACCAACUUCUGAGGCAUAACCCUGAUCCUGGCCUGCGUGUAGGACGCUGGAUACGUAAGUAUCUCUGCCGUCGGCGCAUCAAUGAUGGGUACACGCAGUUGCCAGCGCAUCCUCACGAUGUCGAGCUUCAAGAUACACCUGUCACACCAUCUUUUCCAGAAACUCAUAUGGGAACACCGCCAAGUCGAGUGCGGAAGUUACCAUUCCGUCGAAUAUGGACACGCAACUUGAUCACGACGCUUCUAGCUCAUGGCCUCCUUGCCAUGCACGUCGGAACUUUCAACUCUUUGUGGUAUAUCUAUCUCUCGGCGCCUCGCUACGAUCCGACGAAACCGAAUCCGCCCAAGUUCAAACCGCAUGGGUUCUUCCACUUCACAGGAGGUCUCGCUCUCCCACCUCCUCGUAUUGGUCUUGCCGGAGCCAUCCUCGGACUCAUGGGAAUCACUCUACAACUCUUCCUGUACCCGCGCCUAUCACAUAGACUAGGCACCAUUCGGUGUUAUAGGCUCUUCCUGAUGUUCUUCCCUAUCACGUAUACCCUUGCGCCAUUUCUUAGCCGCAUACCCAGCACGACUCCACCACCUGAGGGCGUCUCGGGCCUUCUGAUCUGGAUAUGCAUCACCGUUGUCCUGCUCAUUCAAGUCUUCGCGCGCACGUUCGCACUGCCUUGCAUGAUCAUUCUUAUCAACAACUGCUCUCCACAUCCUUCUGUUCUUGGGACUGUGCAUGGGAUAGGACAAACUGUAUCUAGUCUUACAAGGACUAUCGGACCUAUCAUAUUUGCAUGGACAUUUGGGAGGAGUCUGGACAUAGGAAUUGUAGGCAUAUCCUGGUGGAUACUAGCAUUAGUAGCUGUGCUGGGAAGUAUAGCAGGGAGAUUUCUGUAUGAGGGUGACGGUCACGAAAUUCUGCUUGAGGAGGAAGUGAAGAAUGACGGGACGGUGGAGAGGAGAGAUUAAGGGUAGGUAGCAUAUGGACCAUCACCCGACUGGCGUUCUGUAUCUGCUUAUUCGACAAAUGGGAUUCUCUAGACAGAUUAAGCAAGUUCCCAGGACCUCGAUAGUACCAUAUGGCCUUCGACAUUGUUACUGGGCUUCUCAGGGUGACACCGACCCUUCUCAAUAACACAAUAAGCGUAAUCAAGAUGACGGAAAUCAUGGUUUAGAUUAGAGGAACAUUCUGUAUUUUAGAUGCAAGUUGGAGGAUAGUUUUCGGAAUAGCGUGACAUGGUGCGCAUCGAAAGUGCGGUGGAGUACAAUAUACGAG